AGACACAGAUGUUAUUUAUAAUUUAUAAUUACGUUCUCGUGAAUGAACCCCAGGUUGUGAUGGGUUUCUCAAGUGGAGCGUAAUGAUACUCAUCUGAGCCCAUUUCUAAGUAGAGAUUUUUUUUGUCUUUUUCUUUUUUACUGGUAGCAGGGAUUGAACUCACGACCACACACUUGCAAGACAGUACUUAUGCCGCUGAGCUAAAUCCCCAGCCCCCUAAGUAGAGAUUUUAAAUGUUUUGACGUGAGCUGAGGUCUUCUCCAUGGAUUGGUAGCUUCUGCCUCCUUCCUCCUGGUUAGAAAUGUUACAUGAUGACCCUGCUGCUCUGGAUAAGUGGGGACCUCAUCUUGGGCCCAUGUAGCAGGCCGGUGAUGUCCCUGGCUUUUCAGAAGCAUUUUUGUCUUUACGUUUCCAUCAGCUCUUUGCUGCUUAGUGUUCAGUGGCCAUGCAGUGGUGAGGUUUCUUUGGGUUUCAUUCUUGUGUGCUUUUGAAUUCUUGAGUGGUAAGUAUCUUUUCAGGCAGGGUGGUGGUUUUCAGCCUUAAAAUUAGACAUGUGGGGAUUGCUUUGUAGACCUAGGUACUGCAGAUUGCUUUUUCCCAGCCUGAAAAGCUCCCAAGGAUGGGUAGCUCUGUGAACGGGACCUCAGCUUGUGUCUGUGCCUGCCAUGGUUGUGUCUGCCUGUGCCUGUCCCUGUCCCUGCAUGUACUCUGGGUCUUUUCAGCCUGCUUUCGGGAUCUGGUGUUACAGGUGGAGAAGAAGAUUGAGGAGAAUCAAGGGAGGGGAGCCUGAAGCCCUUCUCACUGUGGGGGGGGGGAGUGACUAGAGGAUAUGUCACCUGCGCUGCUCUCGAUGGCCACCUUGUCCUCUCUGAAAGCCCACAGCCCUGCUCCUUUUUUACUCCCUGAUGGCCUGGUUCGCUUGGUGAAUAGACAGAUAAGCUGGCAUUUGGUCCUUGCAAGCAACGGGAAGCUGCUGGCUGCUGUUCAGGACCAGUGUGUGGAGAUCAGGUCUGCAAAAGAUGAUUUUACGUCUAUUAUUGGGAAAUGUCAAGGGAGACUUUACGGUAUUUAUACAUUUCCGAAAGACCCCAAGCCCCAGUGGAGACGGGUGGCAUGGAGCUAUGAUUGUACGCUGCUGGCCUACGCAGAGAGCACGGGCACUGUGCGGGUGUUCGACCUCAUGGGAAGCGAGCUGUUUGUCAUUGCCCCGGUAUGAUCCGCCGCAGACUGGUGACUGUUUGGGGGCAUCGAGUUUUGCUGGUGAUUUGAGCUGUGCCAUCGCUGGGUUGAUAUUUUUAGAAUACAAAGCCAGUGCGCAGUGGUUAGCAGAACUCUUGGUCAUCAAUUACCGAGGAGAACUCAGAAGUUACCUUGUCAGUGUUGAAACAAAUCAGAGCUACCAAGAGAGUCACAGUUUCAGCUUCAGUAGUCAUUAUCCUCAUGGAAUCAGUACUGCGAUUUACCACCCUGCUCACAGACUUCUGCUUGUGGGUGGCUGUGAAGCCUCAGAGCCAGGCAUCUCGAAGGCAGCCAGCUGCGGCCUGUCUGCGUGGAGAGUCCUCUCAGGGUCACCAUAUUACAAGCAGGUCGCCAGCGGUGGAGACAGGGUCACAGUGGUACCCAAGACACUGGGACUGCUGAGGAUGUUAAAUGUCAAGCUUCACAGCCGCCAGGGCCAAGAACAGGACGGGAUUUUCAAGAUGAGCCUCUCUCCAGAUGGGAGCCUGCUUGCCACCGUCCACUUCUCAGGGAAGCUGAGUGUCUGGGCUGUGCCGUCCCUGAGGCAGCUGCGUGCGUGGGAGCAGCGUGAGCAGCCAGGCUAUGAUGACCUUAAUCCAGAUUGGAGGCUGUCUAUUGAGAAGAGAAAAAAAAUAAAAGAUAAAGAGUCCUUUUACCCACUGAUAGAUGUCAGUUGGUGGGCGGAUGGUGCUGUGACUCUGGCUCGGUCCUCUGGGGCUGUCACAGUUUCCUCCGUGAAAACUUUGAAGAAUUUGCUGGGAAGAUCUUGUGAGUGGUUUGAACCAUCGCCCCAGGUCACUGCUGCCCAUGAUGGGGGAUUUUUAAGUCUGGAGUGUGAGAUUAAACUUGCACCCAAGCGCCCUCGUUUGGAGGUGAGAGCAGGAGAUGAAGAUGACGGGGAAGAGGAUUCCGACUCCGAGCAUGGAAUGUCGGCCAAGGCUCGCUACUUUGGUUACAUAAAGCAGGGCCUUUACCUGGUGACGGAGAUGGAGCGAUUCGCGCCUCCGCGGAAGCGGCCUCGGACCAUUACAAAACACUAUCGUCUGGUUAGCCUGCGUGCCACCACCCCCGAGGAGCUGUUCCAGAGGAAGAUUGAGAGUGAAGAGUAUGAGGAAGCCUUGUCUUUGGCUCACACCUAUGGCCUGGAUACGGACCUCGUCUACCAGCGGCAGUGGAGGAAGUCAGCUGUCAAUGUUGCCUCUAUUCAGAAUUACCUGAGUAAAAUAAAGAAGCGCGCAUGGGUGCUCCAUGAGUGUUUGGAGCGUGUUCCUGAGACCGUGGAGGCAGCCCAGGAGCUGCUGCAGUAUGGCUUGAAAGGCACCAACCUGGAGGCCCUGCUUGCCUUGGGCAGUGGAGCGGACAGUGGCAGGUUUACACUGCCUGGGGACGUGGACAUUGACACUGUUGCCUAUGAGGUGCUGUCACCCACCUUAGAAGAGCCUGCCCAGCAGCGGAAGGAGAAGGUGUCCAGGGAGAGACACGAGCUGCUUAAACUCCUGAGUUUCUCUGAGUGGAGCCUGGAACAGAAGGAGCUUUGCCGCUGUCGGCUGAAAUUACUGACUUUCUUAGAUCGACUUGCAACAUACAAGGAAAUCCUAGCAGUGCCUCUUGCUUCCGAACAGAGAUACGAUGCUGAGUUCUUUAAGGCCUUCAGGAGGCAGAAUAUUGUUCUCUCAGCAAGAACUUACGCUCGGGAGAGCAAUGUACAAGCCCUGGAGAUUCUGUUUACCUACCACGGCGCUGACCUGCUUCCUCACCGCCUGGCAAUUCUCUCCAACUUCCCAGAGACCACUUCCCCGCAUGAGUACGCUGCGCUGCUGCCCGAAGCUCGUCAUCGUGGUGAUUCCUUGGUGAUUGUUCCUUGGCGUGAGCGGAAACACAGAGCUCAAGAUUGGUGUGAAGAGGCGGAGUGCAGGGCGGCCGUGGAGCCGAGCCUACAGGAUGAAGGCGAGUUCCUGUAUGCUGCCCAGCCUGAGUUGCUGCGGUUCCGGACUGCGCAGCUGGCAGUGGCAGAGGCCAUAGACUGGUAUCAGAGCAGGGCCAAGGAGAUCGAGCGCCACGCUGGCCAGGUGGACUGCGCACUGUCGCUGAUUCGCCUUGGGAUGGAGCGGCAGAUCCCCGGGCUGCUACUGCUGUGUGACAACCUGGUCACCCUGGAGACCCUGGUGUAUGAAGCAGGCUGUGACGUGACCCUAACCCUGGAGGAGCUCCAGAGAAUGACGGACAGCGAGAAGCUGAGAUUACUCAUGAGCAGUUGCUCUGAGGACAAGUACGUGACAAGUGCCUACCAGUGGAUGGUGCCCUUCCUGCAUCGCUGUGAGAAGCACUCUCCUGGCGCAGCCAGUGAGCUGCUACGAGAGUACUUAGUGACCUUGGCUAAGGGAGACUUGAGGCUUCCCCUGAAGAUAUUUCAGCAUUCCAAGCCAGAUCUCCAACAAAAAAUUAUCCCCGAUCAGGACCAGCUGAUGGCCACGGCACUCGAGUGCAUCUACAGCUGCGGGCGUAGCAACCAGCUCCCCCUCUGCUAUGGCAUCCUGGAGUGCCUGCCACAGAGAGGGCCUGGUAAGAAGACACAAGCGACCUCAGCUCUUCAUGACAUGGUGGACCAGCUGGAGCGGAUUCUUAGCGUGUCAGAGCUUCUGGAGAAGCAUGGACUGGAGAAGCCAAUUUCCUUCGUGAGAGACACGCAGUGCGACAUGGAGGAGGCGCGCAGGCUGAUGGUGAGGCUGGCCAGGCACACAGGCCGGAAGCAGCCUUCUGUGGGCGAGUUGCACUGGAGGACGCUGCUGCAGGACAUGCUCACGAUGCAGCGGGAAGUGUACACAUGUUUGGAUGCCGACGCUUGCUAUGAGAUCUUUAUUGAAAGCCUGCUGUGCUCCAGUCGCUUGGAGAACAUCCAGCUGGCCGGGCAGCUGAUGCACUGUCGGACCAGCUCAGCAGAUGCUGCGGCUGGUGUGGCCCAGAAGGGGAGGCUGCAGUACCAGCUGGGCCCUGAGAAGAGCAUGUACUUGGUUCUGAGCGCCAGCAGGGAGUACUUCAACUCCUCCACCAGCCUCAUGGACAGCUGCAUGGACCUGGCCAGGUGCUGCUUACAGUUGAUAGCAGAUAGGCCCCCUGCCAUUCAAGAGGAGCUUGACCUAAUCCAGGCCCUUGGGUGUCUAGAAGAGUUCGGAGUAAAGAUCCUGCCUCUGCAAGUGCGGUUGCGUGCUGACCGGAUCAGCCUCAUAAAGGAGUGUAUUUUGCAGUCCCCCACUUGCUACAAGCAGUCUGCCAAGCUCCUUGGCCUUGCUGAGCUGCUGAGGGUUGCAGGUGAGGACUCAGAAGAGCGGCGUGGGCAGGUUCUGACCCUGUUGGUGCAGCAGGCCCUCUGUUUCCAUGACUACAAAGCAGCCAACAUGCACUGUCAGGAGCUGAUGGCCAUGGGUUACUCUCAAAGCUGGGAUGUCUGCAGCCAGCUGGGACAGGCAGAAGGCUACCAAGACUUGGCCACUCGACAGGAGCUCCUGGCUUUCGCACUGACCCAUUGCCCACCAGGCAGCAUUGAACUGCUCUUGGCAGCCAGGAGCUCUCUGGAGGCCCAAAUUCUUUACCAGAGAGUGAAUUCCCAAAUCCACGUGGAAGGAGGAGAGGGUGUCAGUGUCUCGGCAGUGGUUGGCAGAGCCCCUCAUGAGGCUGAGCCAGACGGUCCAGGCAGCGGCUCGGCUGACUUGUUGCGCUGGACCACUGCCACCACCAUGAAAGUCCUGUCCAACACCACGACGACCACCAGGGCCAUGCUGCAGGCCAUCAGCGACAGGCAGUGGUGGAAGAGGUCUCUGACUUACCUCCGGCCCCUCCAGGGGCAAGAAUUCGGUGGCUCUUACUCAGCUGGAACUGUAGUCAAUGAAGACCUAGAAAAGCAAGGAUGUCAUCCUUUUUAUGAAUCAGUCAUGGCGAAUCCCUUUGUUGCUGAGUCUGGCAUGCCCUUCGACACCUGUCAGCAGCCCCCUGUGGAGAGCUUUGCCGAGGUGCUGCUGAGGACUGGGAAACUGGCAGAGGCCGAGACAGAUGGGAAUGAAGGGUUUCCGACCACAGAAGUUCUCCUGCAGCUGGCGAGUGAUGCUUUGCCCAGUGACAUGACCUUGGCCCUCGCUUACCUCCUCGCCUUACCACAGGUGUUAGAUGCGAAUAGGUGCUUUGAGAAGCAGGCACACUCAGCCCUGUCCCUCCAGCUGGCAGUGUACUACUACAGCCUCCAGAUCUACGCCCACCUGGCACCCGGCUUCAGUGACAAGUGCCACCCUCUGUACAGAGCUGACCCCAAAGAGGUGAUCGGGAUGGUCACCAGGCACGUGACUCACUGUGGACUCAAAGCCUGGCCGGAGGCCCUGGCCCCACUCACCGCGCAGCUGCACCACUACAAUGAGCAGCUUCUGGACUUAACACAGGCACAGCUCCUGCAGGGCCUGGGGAAGGGCGUGGACGUGCAGCGCUUCACCACUGAUGACCAGUACAAGAGGGAGACCAUCCUUGGGCUGGCAGAAACGCUAGAGGAGACCGUGUAUAGCCUUGUGCUCUCCCUGGCUCAGCGCUGCGGCAUCUCCUGCUGGGAAGUGUUCAUGACCCACCUGGAGUUUCUGUUCACCGAUAGCGGCUUGUCCACUGCUGACAUCGGGGAGCGGGCCCAGGCCUUGCACCUCCUUGAGACCCUGAGGACGGAUCCAGAAGCCUUCCAUAGGCACAUGGCCAAGUACAUCUACCCUUCCAUUGGUGGCCGUGACCACGAGAGGCUGCUGUAUUAUUUCACUCUGCUAGACAGCUGUGGCUGCACGGACCAGGGGGACUCAGCCCUGAAGCCCGAGACCCACGUGCGCCUGCUAAAGAAGCUAAAAGUUGUUGCGGCAGGUCUUGACUAUAAAAAGCUGACAGAUGGAAGCACAAGCCCUCUUGAAGCCUUGGAGCCAGUUCUUUCAAGUCAGAAUAUCUUAGCUAUUUCCAAACUUGCUCCCAGCAUCCCCGAGAAGGAUGGAGGGACGCUGUCCCCAAGCUCGCUCUACACUGUCUGGCUGCAGAAACUAUUCUGGAUGGGGGACCCUCACCUGGUGCAGCAGGUCCCCGAGUCCUCCCUGGAGUGGCUGCAUGCCUACGAUGUCUGCGCAAGGUACUUUGACCGCCUGCAUCGGCGGGACCUCAUCACCGUGCUGGAUGCAAUCACAUUUUCUCCACAAGCCGUGGCCAAGCUGCCUAUGGACGUGCGAGAAGAGAUGACAAGGAGGGCCAUCGCCACAAUCACACGCCUUAUGGAGAAGCCACGGAAAAGGAAUGCAGAGGACAACACUCGGGAGGCCGGUGCCCCUGGGGUCACCUACACUGAGGUGCUGGAUCACCUGCAGAAGUCGCUUGCCCACCUGGGGACGCUGGGCCACAGCUUCAUCCUUGAGCUGCAGAAGAGUGAGCAGGUGGCCCUGCAGAGGUACCGUGAGCUGUAUGACCUGUCCCGCUCAGAAGAGGAGGCGCUCUGCAGUCUGGCCGUGAGCAUGUGUUUGGAUGGCCAGCCGCUGGCCAUGAUUCAGCAGCUGCUUGAGGUGGCAGUCGGGCCUCGGGACACAACCCUCAAGGAUGUUGUGCGAAGUGCCAUUGUGAAAAUAAUGUCUACACUGAGUGUCCUGACUCAGGUCCCUCUUUCUUUCCACAGUGGAGGUGGUGCCGACCUUGGUGGGACUGGAGACCCGCUUCAGGUCCUGGAAGGCGUGGUGGCAGCUGUGCAUGCCAGCGUGGAUGCCGGGGAGCAGCUGGUGGCCCCCGAGGACCUGCUGGAGUGGCUGCGGCCCUUCUGUGCAGAUGACACCCUGCCCGUGCAGCCUCGCGUCCGUGUGCUGCAGGUCUUGGAGCAGUCCUGCCACCUGACAGAGGAGGACAGCAGGCUCCUGGUGUUCUUCCGAACAGAGGCCAUCCUCAAGGCUGCCUGGCCUGGGAGGCAGGUGGACGUGGCUGACGUGGCGAGUGCAGAGCGGCGCUCUGCCCUGUUUGAAGAGCUGCUGGAGUGCAGCUGCUGCCAGGCCGAGUUCCAGCACCUGGCUGUGCUCUUGCAGGCCUGGCCCCCUCUGCAGAGUGACUGCACGGCUGGUGUGAUGGGAAACCCGUGGCUGAGACUGGCAACAGCGAUGCUGAUGCGGUGCCCGGCGCAGAGCAAGGAGGAUGUAGGGAACGAGGUGCUGAGAAUUUGUCGCUCUCUGCGCCUCUCUGAGCAGGCGCUGCCCGUGGAGGGUGUGAAGGAGCUGUGCCUGCUGCUGCGUGACCAGGCACUGCCACUGCUGUCCCUGAAGCUGCUGCUGGAGCAGCCGGAGCCUGAGCUGCACGCCCUGGCACAGGAGCAGGUCACCGCCAUCAUGCAGGUGGAUGAUGCCAAUUGCGACCCUGAGCUGCUGUCCUUGCUGCUGGAUGCCGGGCUGCUGGUGCCCUGUGUCCCCACCCCCUUCUACCCACGCCUCGUCCGCCACUUGCUGGCUGUACAGGGCCGCUGGGACAUGGAACAGCUGGCUGCACAACUCCAGGCGGCCGGCCAUGAGGCUGAGGCUGGGUCGCUGCUGCUGGCUGCACGGGACACUCACCGGGCCUUGCGGACUUUCCAUGCUGCCCUGGGUGCCGGGCAGCCGAGGGUGUGAGGAGAUGCAGGCUGCUCGGCUGAGGCUCUGCGAUCGCAGCGCCGCAAGUGAAGCCCAGCAUCGGCCAGCGUCCAGCUCCUGUGCCCUGACCCUGAUCCAUGGGCAUGCACUCCUGGCGGCCAGUGCUUUCUUCCUGUUUGCUUUUUAAUUCUGUCUCUUCUCGAGAGAAAACAAAUAACAGAGAUUCCAGAUGCGCUGCAGAAAAUGGGGUGUGCAGUACUGGGUUGUGUGCAGGGGAAAGGGUAUGCACAGGCCGUCAGCGUGAGUUGCUGGGGGCUGGGCCUGGGUUCAAGUCUCAAUUAGAAAAAUGGGCGCAACGGUUACCCCUGUAAUCCUGGCAUUCUAGGAGGCUGAGGCAGGAGGAUGGCAAGUUCUAGUCCAGCCUGGGUGAUUUAGCGAGAUACAAUCUAAAAAAGGAUUGAGGAUGUGGCUCAGUGCAGGGCAGGCUCAAGGGAAAUUAUUGGUUUCUGGUAAAUUAUCGCACAACUCUUUUAUUAGGAAAAGGUUAGUCAAGGGGUGCUUUGGAAGGUUUGGAAUACAUAAUGGGUAUUCUGUUAUUUCUCAUGGGAAAUACAGUCUUGACUUACAAUUUGAGUUACAUUUUGCCCUCGGAAUUGGAUUGAGUUUGUAAGCCAAGGGUCCACUGAAUAGCCAUGAUCUUGUAGGCACAAGAGGUUAUUUGAGCACUGUGGUGUUGACUUCCUAGUGAAGUGGGAGUUUUAUCAUCCUGAUCUAGAGGGAGACUACUCCCUUUUAAGAAAAAAGAUCCGAGCUGGGCAUGGUAGUGUACCUGUGUGAUCCCAGCACUCUUGGGAAGCUGAGGCAGGAGGAUAGCAGGUUCAAGCCCAGCCUGUAAAAUUCACUGCCCCGCUCCCACCCAGUCCUGAUGGCAGGGAUGGCUCCCUGUCCAGUGCAUGGUUACAGCAGAGCCACUGAGCAGGGGGAGCCAGCCCUGCCAUCAGGACCAGACGGGAGCAGGGCUGAGACUCAGAAAUCUCAGAAAACAGUGAUAGGAUAGGGAGCGGGCAGCAGAGGCCAGUCUUGGCGAUGUCCUUCUCUACAGACUUUUCUUGCUGCUGAAAACCCCCUGAGGGUUGCCAUGGUGACCCUGCUUCCAACCUGUCAGCUGGGCUGCUCAGGGACCCAAGCUUUACCAGAGAGGGGCAGACAGCCUAGAGCUACCCGCCCCCCCAUCCCCAGGGUCAGCACUGGUCCUCAGGGCCUUCUGCUUAGAAGAUGGCCUCGCAGGGAAGGGGACAGGGGAUGGGACACGAGGCCCAAACCCCUAGCUUCAUAUGCCCGGUCCCCACCACCCCAGGCUCGGGGCUAGGAUUGUUCAUGAUCUUUCUUGCAAGCACUUGGAGGGGUUUGUGAAGCUCUUUCUCAGCUCUAGACUCUCGUAACGAAUCCUUAUUUUAAACAUGAGACUAGCAAGGCAUGCUGGUAUACAGCUGUAAUCUCAGCCCUCUCAGAGGCUGAGGCAGGAGGAUUGCAAGUUCCAGCCUAGCAUGGGGCCACUUAGUGACUUAAUGAGACCUCAUCUCAAGAAAUAAAGGUUAAGGGUCUGAGGAUGGAACUCAGUGCAAAGGCCCUGGGUUCAACCCUCAUUACCAAAAGGUAAAAAAAGAUACAGAUGGAGGAAAGAGAUCACUGGGCCAAUCAUAGCCAAGCUGGACAUGGACCCUGGCUUUUCUGGUGGGAGUCCUGUACUCUUCCUUCCCUCCCCGUGCUGCUGCUUGGUCCUCCCACCCCCUGCUUCUCACCACCAGACUGGUUAGUUAGGGACAAGAUCAGCUCUUCCCCCGGGGCAGGAGCAGGUCUGUGAAUGUUCUGCUGUGGGUGGAGAAGAGGGCCUGUGCCUGUGGUGGGCAGCCAGGGCCUUUCCACUGAGUUCCAUCCUCAGACCCAGGUGAGUGCCUGGAUGGUACCCUGGGGCCCACUGGAGGGGCUCUGGGCUGAAAAGGCACAGGGCAGGUGGUGGGGCUGGGCCGGGAGCAUGCUUCUCCCAGGCAGUGUGGGGGAAGUGACCCCCUGGCCUGGGCCCAGCCCACAUGAGCCUGGGACUCUUCGUCUGCUUGGCCCACCAGGUACAGCUUGCCCUAGGAGGGAAGGCACGUUAGCAGUGUGUUCCCCAGCCCAGGCACAGACUGCAGCAAAGCUCUCACCCCAGGAUCCAUCGCAUCCUGGGUGUAGGCUUCUGGGUGUGGUUGUACACUGUGUUUACUUUGAGCCCUGGGGACUCAGGUAGGGAGCUGGGUGUGCAGCAUCCAGUCCUGCAAAUGACUCUGUCAGGACUGCACAUGGGCCAGCUCUGCCCAGAGCCACUCAGAAUGGUGGUUUCUUAGGCCAGUGUUACGGUAUAGACCUAGGUAUCGCCCCAAAGUCUGUGUUCAGAGCUGUGGCUUUGGAAGGUGAUGGACCAUGGGGCUCUGCACUCAUCAGAGGAUCCAUGGCAUAUGAGGUCAGGACUGAAUGUGCUGUAGGAGGUGGGGCCUAGCUGGUGGCUCCCCGCCCUCCCCCCUGGUGGCUAUGAGGUGAGCAGCUUCCCUCUGCCAGACCCUUGUGCCAUGAUGCAUCUGCCUAGAAGCAUCCGCCAUGGACUGAACCAGCCAUAACCAUGCACCAAAUUAAACCUGGCCUCCUGUAAGUUGUGGGCCUCAGGUGCUAUGAAGUGUGAUCCAGAUGUGAACAUCAAUAGCAGGAGCUCAAGGACAGCAUGCCCCCUGUCACCAAGUGCUGCUGAGAGCCAGGAUGGAGUUCCUGUGGGCCCAGGCAGAAGGACAUGGCAGGGAGCCAGCAGGAUGUGUGAGUGGCUCUGAGUCUUGUCCCCUGCUGCAGGGCCAUGGCAGGUGCAGUACCCAUACCUUAUUUGCACCCAGACUUGUGUCCCGUGGUGGCUCAACAGUGCUGCCACCAUGGGGCUCCCUGUGCUGCAGGGCCUGACUGGGUCACCCUCUGCCUGGCCCUGGCUCUGCUGCUGGAGGGCACUCAACCCACUCUGUUCUAGGAUUCCCACUGCACCUGUGGUUAAAUACCAGCAUCAAUCAAAACAUACAGUGAAUGUUAGAACAAACAAAAUGUCAUGCUGUAAAAGAAGCACUGCGACAGAUCCCUUCAAACUCCUCGCAUCACUUCAAGCACACUUGUCCCAUUCUUGCCACGUUCUGCAGCAGCUCUGGAGUCCUCUUUCCUGAAGGUCUCUACCAGGUGUGAUCACAAAUAACAAUGACUGCUGCUGCUGAGCACUAUCCAAAAGAAAGGCAGCUCUUACAAACAUGAUGCCGCGGCCUCAUCCUCCUUAGUCACCAGGCUUGGCACCGUGCGACUUUCGGCUCUUCUCUAAAGUCAUAAUGACCAUGAAAGGAGACGUUUUGAAUCCUUCAGAACAUGGAGGCAGCCAGGACACCACAGCUAAGGACCCUCAGGAAAGGGUACUCCAGAGCUGCUGCGGGAAGCGGCAUGAUGGGAGGAGUGUGCUCAAAGUGAGCAGAGGAUUCUGAGGGGAUUCCUGGUGAUGUGUCUUUUCCUGUAACAAGUUCUUUUUUACUUAGUCACCCACCACACCUUCUGAUCACAGCCGUGGGUCAGUGCGCCCUCUGCCAGUGCACUGAAUUGCAUGCCACAUUUAGCUGCCUGCUAAACUCAUGUCCUAGGUGGGGCUUUGAACGCCUGAGCCCUUUUCCUCCUUAGCACAACCCAGUGAACUAGGCACAGAGAUCGCCCAAUGCACAGAUGGAGAAACUGAGGUACAGAGCCCUGACAUAGCUUGCCUGUGUUGCACAGCUGGGAGCCUGCAUGCACCCAGGCUGUGGGCCAGAUUCAGCAUCUUCACAGCUACUGUGCCCUGAUCCAAGGUGGCCGGAAGUAUCCUGUCUCCCAGCAUGCAGAACAGCAUCAAGUUCACCAGAGACGCUUAGUUCGUAUUCAUAUCUAGGGGUCGUGGUGCCCGUGCCCACCUGUAAUCCGGGUACUCUGAAGGCUGAGGCAGGAGGAUUGCUGCAAGUUCAAAGCCAGUCUGGGCUACAGACUGAGACCCUAUCUCAAGGAUAAAUAAGUCAAAUGAGCAAAUGGAAAAAGUGAAUAAAUGAAAAAGUUUUGUCUUCUA